CAGGGAUGACACAAUGAGGUUCACAUAACCCCCAACCUCCUACGGACCCGACAUGUCAAGCACGUCCAUGAAGCAUGGUCAUGCGUGGCCGGUCCCUCGGGAUCGCCUAGGUAUUAUAGUAUAUAUGCAGUAUACGUACCAGACGCGCGUGUUCCCAAAAUCGAUCGUAGAAUAUAUAGUACAUAAUCCCAAUUUCAGCCUGUAGCCGAAACCAGGUCACUCGCUUCCCCAAAAGAGCAGUUCGAAUCGCACAUCAGUGUGGAGGAAUCACACGUUCGCGAUGAGGUGCUCGGGCUUCCUCCAAUUAUCGAUCAACCUCGCAGUCGUGGUUUUCUCGCUACUCGCUGCUGCUACCGCGGCUCAGAGUAAUGACAACACCUUCACCAUCAACAACCAUAGAACGAAAAGCCGUAGGCAGACGAACUGCAAUGCAGAAACCUUCGCUAAUGUUCUCCCCUCUUCGGCCAAGGUCGAGAAGGUUGAGUAUGUUAGCGCCGGCAGCACUUUCGGCGAGCCCCUGACUGAUCUCAUGUACCCGAUCUCGCCAACGAACCUACCGGAGCUAUGCGCUGUCAUUAUAUCCGUCGCGUCCUCGUCUGUCUCUGCGUAUAGGUUCGGCAUCUUUCUACCUGCCGAGUGGAAUGGCCGCUUCCUCACCGUCGGAAACGGCGGGUUUGGCGGUGGCAUCAAUUGGCUCGAUAUGGGCGCUGGUGUUCGGUAUGGCUUUGCCGUCGUAUCUACUGACACAGGCCAUAAUUCGACAACGGCCGAUAUCCGCUGGGCUUUUAACCAGCCAGAGAUGAGGACCGAUUGGGGCUACCGAGCGGUUCACGGGACGGUACAGCUUUCUAAGACGCUCGUCGCGACGUACUACGCCAAGCCUAUCAGCCACUCGUAUUACAGCGGCUGCUCGACGGGCGGACGCCAAGGAUUGAAGGAAGUGCAGAUCUCACCGGAUAGUUUCGACGGCGUGUUAGUCGGCGCGCCGGCUUGGUAUACAGAUCAUCUGAACACGUGGGUCGGCAAGAUCGCGACGUACAACUGGCCCGCUGUCGACUCAAAGCACAUCCCAUGGGAAUCGCUCAAACCAAUCGGUGCAGAAAUUGUGCGUCAAUGCGACGCCAACGACGGGGUGUCCGACGGCAUCAUCAGCCUUCCUGAACAGUGCACCGUUAACUGGACCGACAUGAAGUGCACGAGCAACGGCGGCAAUACAGACUCCGACUUUGCGAAAUCAACAAACUGCAUGAACGACGACCAAAUCGGCACAUUACAGAAAAUGUACGACGGCUUCGUCCUCGACGCGACAGGCGAGCAAAUCAUGCCAGGCUACCUCCCCGGCUCCGAAGCGCAGAUGUACACCGUGCUGAACUACUCCGACGCGAGCCCCUACGGCGUAGGGUACAUCCGCUACUUCGUGCUCAACGACCCGCUGUUCAUGGCCGAGCAGUACAAUGACAGCAUCCUGCAGCUUGCCGAGUCCCUCGACCCGGGGAACUCCACCGCUGAUAACUACAACCUGACCACCUUCCGCGACCGCGGGGGCAAGAUUCUCCUCUACCAUGGAGCUGCGGAUGGUCUUGUUCCUACUACGGCGGGGAGUCUGUAUUAUAACCGCACGGUGGAAACGACGAGUGGCGGGAACGUCACACAGGCAAGGGAUUAUUUUCGCAGGAUGGAGAUACCGGGGAUGCAGCACUGCGGGAUGACAGCCGUCAACGCGCCGUGGGCGUUCGGGGGCGCGACGCAAGCUGCGUCGUUGGGGAACGAUACAUACAGUGUACCCGGAUACUCCGACGCGCAGCAUGAUAUCCUCCUAGCCCUGGUGAAUUGGGUUGAGAAAGGUGAGGCGGUGGAUCAGGUUGUCGCUACGACGUGGAAGACUAGUACGGAUCCGUCGUCGGGGGUUUUGCGCCAACGGCCGAUUUGCAUGUAUCCUGAUACGGCGACGUGGGAUGGGUCCGGGGAUGUGGAUAAGGCGACGAGUUGGAGUUGCGGGUUAGUGAUUUUCCCUCCCCCUUUUUUCUGUCCUGUUUUUGGGAUCGUGCGGUUGGUGGCAUAUACGAUGUCGGGUGUGAUUAUAGGACUUUGCUAAUUUGUUGAUGUGUGGUAGCAGUAGCAGUGGCAAUAGCAGC